AUGUACGAUGAUCCAUGGGCAGCCAGUAUACUCACAACCGACUCAAGUACGAACGCCGAUCUCCUCAGACAAUUGGAGACUGGAUGCCGACUGGUGCCAGAAUUAUAUCGUAUGGAGAGAAUCCAGCGGAGACGCAAUCGCGAGACCAUCGUUAAUUUGCACAGGGAUCCAACCGUUCGAUCGAUCGGACUUAGCCGGGCUCAAAGCGAGACGGAUUCCAUUGCCACGGCUUGUACAGAUGUAGAGGAGAACGAAGAGGAAGGUAACCUACCGAACGUUAGCACCUAA